GACUGUGCAAGUGAAGGAUGGACGAGCUCUCUGCGCUGUUUUUCGAAGACCCUGGCGAGGACGGUAUUCAGCUAGUAGCUGACGAUGAUAUCUCCAGCCAUUCUGAUCAACCUCGAGAAUACUUCCAAGAGGAACAGGGGGCGUUGCUGUCAGAUGGCGCGAUGGGACUGGGAGAGGAUGAACCUGAUGGCAAUGUGCCCAUGAGUCUCCAUCAACUAAUAAAGAAGAGAAAAUUACUGCCUUCGGAGCUGAAAGAAGGGUUGGGAAACAACAGAAGUGAAUGGGCAGUGCAGGUUAAUGAAGUUGAUCGGAGCACCGGUUUGGCUCCUAUCCACUACAUUUCACUACAUGUGGAUGCCUACACCACUCUACUGUUGCUGAAUCUACUCACCUAUGGGAAUGCUGAUAUUGAUGCCAGGGCAGCUGAUGGAAAAACAGCAUUGAUGCUUGCUGUACAGGCAAGAAACAUACGUUUAGCGAAGGUGCUGGUUGCUCUGGGAGCCAAUGUUAACAUUGGUUUUGAAGGAACAACACCUCUGAGGAUGGCGAUAGAAAUGUCUGGAAAUCUUGAAAACAGCACUGAUAACGAAGAUCAAAAUGAUCCCAGGGGGUUCGAAGAAACAUUUCACGGGGAAGGGGUUGAUGAUUCAGCCAGUCCUUCAAAAGAACCUCAGGACAUGGUUCAUGUGCUGAGAUCAGUUGGUGCUACCACACACUACCAAGAAACGCAACAGCAGUCUGAAUAUGCAGGAGACGUUCGAAUGGGAAAAUUAGACACUUACAAAGUGGCGAAAGUUUACACAGAACUCAAUGAGUCUAUGAUAGCCAAGAAGGCAGCAUACCUACACAAUCCCAGUCCCUCUGUGGCCCGUGAGGCUAUGGAGGCCCUGGCAAGAGUGGAGGUAUACCGCAGGGAGCACGGGAGCAGGAUACUGUGUCUGGAUGGAGGGGGCGUGAAGGGACUGGUCCAGAUAGAGAUGUUGAGACAGAUUGAGCAGAGAACAGGGAAAAGGAUUGUUGAGCUGUUUGACUGGAUUGUGGGCUCUUCCACUGGAGGAAUCAUAGCACUGGCCCUCGUCUAUGGCAAGUUCAGUCUCCAUAGUAAUUAUUAUAUAGAUUGUUUUAACUGUAGGUAACAUGUCAGUGACUAAUCUUCAGAGACUAUACCUGCGACUGAAAAGAGAUGUUUUUUCAAGAAGUGGUAUAUUACAGAAGGGUGAUAGUAAUCAGUUGGAAAGGUACCUGAAAGAGCUACUACAAGGGACUAUGGACACAAACAGAAUGUCCUAUCCAAAAGUCCUGGUGUCAGCAGUUAAGCAAAGUCCUACUGGAAUCAAGCUCAUCUUUUUCAACAACUGUUUUGAAGAUGAUUAUAGCAAAGAGGAGGUUUGGAAGGUGGCUAGGUACACAUCAGCUGCUCCACUGUAUUUCAGUUCCAAGGAUGGCUACCUGGAUGGAGGAUUGCUAGCCGACAACCCAACAGAGGACGCACUAACUGCCAUCCAGAACUUCUACCGAAAGAGGGAAAUGCAGAUCCCAAUAUCACUGGUUGUCUCGCUUGGGUCAGGGGUCACUCCAAUCAAGAACCAGAAAGCUGUGAACGUCACAACUGACUUGUGGAAUGUACCAUCACAAGUGUUUCCCUUUUUGAAAAUUGUUGGGGAAGCUGUGAGUCCAUUGUCUAUUCUGUGUGUAAUUAGGCCGUCUCGAUAGUUAGAACAGUCAUGUUGCAGUCUUGAUAUAAGUGUCUUGUAUCGUUACUUGCAGCUGAUGAAACCACAGACUGACUCUAACAAUCAGAGUCGUUGUGUGGAGCAGGAGAUCAGGUACAUCCGCCUUGACCCACCACUGGAGAGGGAGGUCGACUCGGCAGAGACUGACAAUGAUAAGUUGGUGGACAUGUUGUGGACCACUCAACAGUACCUGCACAGCUCCAGAGAAGACAGCAGUGGGCAGAAGAAGAUCGAUGCCAUCUAUGAAGCUUGCAUAACCAAAAUGUAGAUG